AUGAAGUACAUGAUCAGCAUGUGUCGGUGCUAUGCUGCCACUAAUUGCAGAUUGUUGAAUUUUGAAAACAGAACGUACAAGAACAGUCGAUUUUUCAAGAAUUCAGUAAUUUUGCAGUUACCAAGCAAAGAACCACUGAAAACAGAUACAAAACCUCCGGGGGUACCACCUUUUAUAAGUGGCAGUGGUGUUGAUUAUGCUAACCCAUGUUUACAAUCUACUGAAAAGAAAAAUGCUUCUUUAAAUAACACUGAUGUUAUGCAUGAUAAUAAUUUAGACAAUAAACAAAAUAUGAACGAGUCAAAGAUCUUAGACGAUAAUAACUUCACAAUGCGACUUGUUAAAAGGAUUGAAAAAUGGUCGCCAUCUACAGCAAAAUAUGCAAGACUGAGUGUUCUUGGGACUAAAUAUCUAUACAAAGAUAUUCUAGUGUUAUUAUCAGCGUAUAACAAAUAUUGUAGUUCUGAUUUGUCAUCAUUAACUUAUGCCGAGUUGGAGUUGAAGUAUAGGUUGCCAUCACAACUUUUUGGUUUGACACCAAUCCUAAUUUUUUGUAAUAUACCAUUUCUUGAUUUGCUUAUAUUUCCAAUAGCGUUCAUGUUUCCUAAGUAUUUGUUAUCUGAACAUUUUUGGACAGAUGAGCAACUUAAGGAGUAUUGGAUAAAGGAUCAAAAGAACAAUUUUGAACAUAACAUGAAAGUUUUUGAGCAUUUGAGUUUAAUGGCUGAAGAAUGUUCAGAUGAUAUGCUUUUAAAAUGGUUUCGUGUAAUUGAAUGUCUGGGAGCAGGAAAUGUAUCUCCAGUAGAAGACAUAAUUCAAGCCAUCCCAGUUUUUACUAUGUUCCCGUACAAUUUUAGCUCCUUACCUCCUCAACAUAUUAAAGUACUAUUGAAAAUGUACAACAUACACCUUGGAUGGGGAAGAAGAUUGAGGUUGAAGAAAUUAGCACAGUACAUACAAUUAAUGGAUAAGGCAAUAGAAUCUGAAGGGGGACCAGAUAAAUUAAAUGAUAAGCAAUUAAAAUGGGCGUGCUUAUUUAGAGGUUUGAGCCCUUUUUCAUCAUCUAAGGAAACACUUGCCUUAUACUUAAAAGACUGGAUAAAGAUCUCCUCGAAAAUAGAUAAUGAUUCACUUAGCUGUAUACUCCAUUGCCAGGUUUUAUUGGCACUAAAUCGACCAGAAAAUGACAUACUAAAGAAGACGGAAUAA